AUGGUGUCCAAGUUUGAAGCCCUCUCUGUUCGCCCUCCCACUCCACCUAAAGACCAAGAAGACACAGGCGCCGACGAGACGCUACAAUUCCUUGAGGACCCCUUUGGCGAGAAGCCUGUUCCUGCCAGGCUCAAGGCAGCAAAGAAGCCCCCUAAUACACCAGAGCAAUCGCCCUCCUCCGAUAUCGACAUACCCUCGAGUGCUGCCAGCGCAAGGAAAAGAGUCAACUUCGAGUUACAAUUAUGCAAUUUGCCCAGCGCGAAAGCCGUCGCACAAUCCUGGACACCCACACGUAGCUCGCCGCUCCGACCGCUUCCACAGACCCGCCUCACGAAGCCGCUCAAGUCGAUUUUGAAGCCUGCCGACGGCACGGCCACGCCUCCGCCUGCAGACGACGCUGCCGCCGCACAUCGAUUCAAGUCCUUUGCCGAGAUGCUCGAAGCCAUUGUCAAACUGCUUGCGACUUCUGACCGCGGGUCGCGCCUGGAUGCAUACCAAUCCUUGCUAAGGACUCUGCAAGCAUACGACAAGAUUCCCGACGAUCAGGCACUCAAGCAGAAACUGUCUCUGUUGACCCAAUUUAUACGGCGCGACAUGCAGGAGCCAGGUCUGGCCGGUACAGGACUGGACUCACAACUAGUUGGACAAGCCAUGAAGCUGCUCAUGGCUCUGUUCCGCAUCCCCGACUUGAUGUCCGCCAUGGACGAAGACUUUUGCUCCUUCGUCAUAGAACGCAUUAUCCGCAUAGUCAGCGAUAGCACCAUGCCAAAGACCACCGUCAACACACAUCUGGCUGUGCUCAUGCAACAAAACUUUCGGCCCAAGAUCGUGACUGCGACCCGUGUUGAGAAAGUCCUCGAUGCACUAGAGACCAUCCAUGAGCGAACAUCUGGUCAUGCCGUACAGGCAUACCGGGUCCGGAUAUACAGGAAGCUGCUUCAGCAGCGCCCCGAGGUCAUGAUCAGGCACACCGAACGAUGGUUUACACAUACACUCAAAGCUCUGGUAUCGGUUCAGAAGGAUAUCAGUCAGAGUGCGCUAGACACUGCAGUAACAGCCGCCAAAACUAUUGGCCAUGACCGGCAUGUCGCAAAAUCCGUCUUGGUAGUUCUGAACCGGGUCAAGAGUGACGGUGCGACCAUUGCCAGCAUCUUCAUAAUGGAGCUUUAUCGUUUACUGGGCGGUGAAUAUGCCGCUUUGGUGCCACAGAUCUGGGCAGCUGUUACAGGCCUACUGAAAAACUCGCUCUACCGCGAAACGUUCACUGCUUUGGCAGAUUGGCUCACGCUUCUCCAGAACUGUAUUUCAUCGGAGAACGAGCAGGUUAGGGUUUACUCCAAUGUCGCCAUAUCUUUCCUGGUACAUUCUGUCAAUCUGACUCCAGAUACAUCUGCAGGUUGGUCGGAUAUGUUUCGCAAGAUCUCAGUACAUGCACUGCAAAGAAAGAUACCCAUGAAAAAGUCCGAACAGGACGCUAUCUCAUCCGCAUACUUUACGCUGCUCUACUAUGCUCUACGCCCAACUGCCACAUUUGAGCAACUGGACCGAUUUUGGACUCAGUUCAUAGUCAACGUCUGGACUCCAAUGAUCCUGCCUGAUCCUAAAAAGCAGGCCGUACCCACCUCUUAUCGGCACGCCAUACCCGCAUGCCGAAUCGUAUCUGCUCUUCUAGACGGUUCUCGGAAACCAUGGAACGAGUACCGUGCCCUGGAUCUUCGACCGAAUGUUAUGAUCCCACGUAACGAGCUUCCCCUAGUGGACCCCAGAUGGGUGCGGAAGUCGAUUGCUCUGAUACUGCAGUUCGUAGAGACUCUCCUCGAUGCCACACUAUUGUCUGAGAGCAGGGAACCGGAAGAUGAGCCAGUCCAAACAAUGUGGCAAGCAGUCAUCGGUGCUCUGGUGGAAGCAAGUAGCAAGGAAAUCAUGGCUUCAACGGAGACGAAAGACGCCAUGGCCCACAUAAUCAACCUGCUGCGCCGAAUCUGGGAUAAACACACAGAGAAGAUCGCCUUGUCGCAGAAGAAGGAGGACAUAUGGGCAGACAAGUUCUGCUUUCUGAUAGAGACUGUGGUACAGAAGCUGGGCCCUUUUCAAUUUGCAGACAAGUGUCUCACACGUAACGAAAACAACGAGUUCGAAGUUGCAUCCACACCAUCUCAUCGGUCACGGCAUCAGGGAACGCGCUCAUCACCGCUCCUCUACCUUGUCGAUCUCUUGGUCACUCAAUCCGAGGGGAAACUAGCUGAUCCAGUUCGACUCCGUGCGAUCGAAGUUAUCAUCGAGCCUUGUUUCUCUGUCCAAAACACCCGGCUGAGCAAACUGGAGCUUCUUCGAGAUUGUGCGGCAGCAGUCGAUGGUUCGCUCAAGGGCGCAGUGGCGUCAGAGUUCUGGAACCGGAUCGGAACAUUGCUCGAUGUCUUGUUGGAGGACCAGUCACCUCCUUCAGGCGAGCGCAAUUCUCGUUGUCUGGGUAAAGAGUAUGAAAUUGUGGUGGAGAUCCUCAGUCUCGGUUCUGCUUGCCUCCUGGAAAAAGCACUUGGUCGCCAAAUCUUAUCAACUUUUGUCAGUACUGUCCGGCGGGAAGCAGGAGAGGGUGCGCUUCCACUCGCGGUCAUUGAGAAGGUAUCUGAGCAUGUGCUCAAGCGUACACCGAAUGAAGAGAAAGCUUCUUGUCUGGCGUAUGCCAGCAUUCUUCUUCGCAACCUUCCAAAGCUCAUCAGCCGCAAAGUGCUGGAACAAGGCCGACAGAGUCUUUGGCCUUCGAAUUCAGUACCCGGACGGUCUCAAGACAUCGAUCCCUACGUUCACCUGUACGGAGCCAUUAUCUCUGUUGGAUCGGCCGCUUACAGAGAUAUUGACAAAGACAACGUGGAGCCAACAAAAGGCUUUCUUUCAGCGCUCAGUGCCUCAAUUCAGCAAUGCUCGACGUCUCAUCUCGCUGGCUAUUUGCGGAAGAUACAAGACGCGAUCCAUGUUUGGGUCGAAGAUCCCGAGAGGAAGAUGCAGAGCAGGGAGGAGUCGUUGAAGAGCUUACAUCUCGAGGUGGUCAGCUUGUGGCAGGAGGCUUGCAAAGCUAUUGAGCGAUUACCGCGUCAAGACAGCCAGGUGUUACUUCAUCUACAGCCGAUGAUUACCGCGGGAUUUCUUAGCAGACGCCGAAGUAUCGUCAACCUCUCGAUUGUGACCUGGAAUGCAACCUUCGGAAAAGAAGAUAGCCUACGAUAUCCCCCUCGACUUGAGCAGUCCCUUCGUCAACUAUGGCAUAGCGUCGAGCUUUCUCUGCCCUCUCUAGAAGUUCGGGAAGAAGAUGCUGAGAACAAGCUCUCAUUUUAUGAUUCAGAUACCAGUGCAGACGAAGUCAAACGUGCCUUCAAGAGCCCAGGAGUUAAGGGCACUCCCUUUAAGAUCUCCAAAGCGUCACGGAGGUCUAAGUCCCGGUCUCCAGCGGUACCGGCUUCAGCCACCAGAAGGAUGCCUUCGCGACUGACGCCAAAGGUCCGUCUCCGACACGACAACUCUCAGAUAAAGUUCGAACCUAUCAUGUCCUCACCAUCAAACCCGUUCCAGCAAGAGUCGCAGGUAUUGACUGAUCGACAAAAGGAGAUGAUCGAUCGUCAGAAACUCAGCAGCGGUCUAUUCGCCAACCUUGGUGCACCUUCGCUACAGCCGGAUGAGGUGCCAUCGCCGUUGGAAUUCCAUUCAGAUGCAUUGACAGCUGAUGAUCUGCCAAACCACUCCUCUCGGACAACACCACUCAAGGCUCUUGCGGCAGUGGGACCUAUGGACGGCUACUUUGGCUCUUCACCAACUCCGCAUACCCGCAAGAGUACUCGCAAUAUCGUAAGCGACGACACUGACCUUGCCACACCCACGGCUGUGCGAAGCAUCCAGUAUGCGAACGAUGAACCAGACUCUUCGCCGCCGCGAUUUGAGAAGGAAGAUAGGCCCAUCCGCAAAGAAACCGGGCCUGAUGUUCUCGUAGGCUCCAGCUUUGACUAUCGCCAGCCUGAAAGGUCAUUUUCGGCUUCCUUUGAUGAAGGAACCACAAUUGACGAAGAGGCACUACUUGACGCUGUUGCGCCCCACGACAACCCUCAAAUAUCCUCCGACCGCGUUUCAGAUACUAUCAUGUCAGAAUUGCCAAGUUCAACCAUAGACCUACAACUCACAGCGCAAAUCGACGCCGACAUGCAAAUACACGAUACCGCCCCCGAAGGGAUAGAGGAGCAACAGUCAGCAUCAAACCACGACAUCGCUGAUGCUGCCGUUUCGCUGUUGCACCCACAGUCGUCAGCAACUAACGACGACCACCCCGGCAGUGACACCGAAGUAGACGAUGUUCAGACGCCAACUCGCGGGCCUGCUCGUCGAGCUUCGCGCAAGAGCUCCCAGGCAACGACAAGCAGUACAAGUCGAGUGGGAGACUCCUUUGAUACGGGCUCUGUGAGAGGAACCCCGCAUGCGUUGCGCCGUUCUACACGUAGUUCCAUUGGAAGCCCUGCUCGGCUUGAACGUCUUCCAAGUGGAAAGAAGCCCAGACGUACUCCUGCAAGGGCCGAGAAGAAAACGAGCACUCCUGCGAAGAAAGACAGGAGAACCAAAGCUGGAAAACAGGCACAAGAAGAACACGCUUCGGAGCCAGAACCAGUUUCACAGCCGGAGCCAGUAUCCCAAUCAGAACCAGUGGCACAACCAGAACCGGAACCGGAACCGGCACCAACGCCGGCACAAGCCCAGGACAAAGACGAGGAGAUGCUUGACAACAUCGUCGUGGCCGCGUCGCCAAAAGCAAGCGAAAAGUCACGAGGGAAGAAACGAAAGAUUAGCACCACCGACGCUCCUGUUGCCAGUCCUGCCACCACUCGCAAACUAAACCUACGACGCUCUCAAUCUCUUCUUUCUCAAGUCGAGAAUUCACACGAUAUAGAAAACACAACAAUGAAUGAGACACCCGUACCCAACAAACGGGUCAAGUCAAAUACAGACCAAGACGUCAGCGAGGCGAAGAAGACGACGCCAGGGAGUCAGACAAAGCGUCUUAGUCAUAUACAAGUUUCGCCACGGCCACGAUCUUCUGGAGAAUCCGCAGGAAGGCUAUCUCCACAGACAAAAGAGGCGGAACCCCAACGAGCUCAGCAGAAAGAAGCUACUGAGCCCAGGACCUCAGCUUCAGCCUCAGCCUCAAGUUCGACCUCAGGCUCAGACCAAGUACCAGCCAGCCAGCACCAAACACAGCCGCAACACUCCCAAUCCCAACCCUCUGCAACGGCGGGAACCGACACACCAUCCCGCUCCUUUGCCGAUCGCGUCAUCCUCACGCCGCGCAGUAUCAUCAAUCAGCUCAAGAGCCUCAAAGACUACCUUUUUAGCACUCCGACGUUGGUGCUGGGGCGGAAUGAAGAGAAGGAGAUUGACGAUGCGUUGUUUGAUAUUCGGAGGCAAGUGCAUGCUGCAGGGUUGCGGGGGGAGGGAAAGAACAAGUAG